AUGCCUGCACUAUUAGAAUUUAACCAAAAUGUUACUGAGGUUAUUAAUACUGCUAAAGAUAUGCAAAGAAAAUUGACAGAAACACUUGAUUCCAUCAAUAAGGACAAAUCUGACUUUGAAUAUCACCUGAAGCAAUGUAGAACAGCUAUCGAAGUGAAAGAGAAGACACUUAUCAAAGAAGUCCGAGAGAAAAGCAAACAAUUAAUUUCAGACCUUGAAAAAAUACACAAAGAAAAGAAAACAGACAUUGAUUGUCAAGUUAAAGAGAUAGAUUCAAAGCUAACUAAAGUUAAAAAUGUGAUGGCCUCAAUCAAUACAAUGAAGAACAAACCACAAGAUACAGAAACACUUGGUUUACACAGAAAAACUAUAAACACUAUUAGAGCCGAGGUCUUAGGAACUGAUUCUGAUCAAUCAUUUAAUAAAAAAAAUAUUACACCCAAUUUUAUUCCAUCUACCAACUUGGAUGAGUUUAUAAAAACAAAGGGAAUUGGUAAAAUUGUAACCGUUGAUGGCAUGUACACGGUUGAAAAAAAUGAUGAAGCAAUUACCGUCGCAAAGGGACAACAAUUUGUAGUGACUGUAUCAAGCUUAAGUGAGAGUGAUACAUGUAAAUUAGCUGCAACCCUGAGCAACCCAUCACAUGAAGAAACAGCCACUGAUGUAGAAUACCAAGGAAAUGGAGAGUACAAAAUAACAGGCAGAUGCAAUGUGGAAGGUGACUGGCAAAUGAAGAUUAUAGCAGGAGAGGCACACAUCAAAGGAUCUCCAGUGAAUAUCAAGGUAGAAACACUGGGACUUGUACAUACCAUUGGCAACAUAUCAGAUUAUAAAGAACAUAGAAAAACAGCUAAGGUGACAGAUGUAAUGUUAGACACAGAUGGAUGCAUACUAAUAUCAAGCUACAGUAAAGAUAUAUUAAAGUUCAACCAAUCAGGUUCAUUUGUUGCUAGGAUAGAGAUGCCACAAGAUGUGCAGGUGAAUAGAAUGCAUCUAAUGGGUGAUGGUCACAUGGUGUACAGUGAUGACUUAAGAAAAUGUGUUGUAAUGUGUGAUGAUAAAUAUCAAGACAUCCGCUCAUUUGGUAAAGGAAUAUUGAAAGUUCCAAUUGGUUUGACAGUGAACAAGGAAACUAGAGUCCUGUAUGUAACAGAUUGUAAGGCUCACUGUGUGUUUAAAUUCAAUGUUGAUGAUGGUAGACUGCUGGGUAAGAUAGGUUCAGAAGGUAGUGAAGUAGGUCAAAUGAAGAUACCAAUUGAUGUCACUUUAACUAAGGACAGUCAUGUGAUUGUUGCUGACACUCUAAAUAACAGAAUACAAAUGUUUGAUGCAGAUGAUAAGUUCAUGAGAAUCCUUGUAGGCAGAGGUAGUGAAGAUGGUAAAGUUGAGGGUCCUAAUGGUGUAAUCCUUGAUAUGGAUGAAAAUAUAAUAGUAUCAAGUUAUGAUAAACUACAAAUAUUUGAUAAAAAUGGUGUCUUCAUAAAAAGAAUAGAUCAUGGAGAUGAUGGAUUAGAUAUCCCAGCAGUAAUCACUGUAAUCUCCAAUAGACCAAGAAGAGUAGCAGUAGCAAAUCACAGACAAAACAAUGUUAAAAUAUUUAACUACUAA